CCUCCUGAGAAGGUGGCCCAAUUCUCCAGCUCUGCUGCCCCAGCGGGCGCCCUCCAAAGAGGGUCACCGCCCCUCUUUCCACCCCCCAACCAGCCCAGCCAUGGGCUUUAGGACUCCCCAAAGCAGCUUAGGAAGGCUCAGUUUCACCCCAGGGAUUCUUUCUCUUCCUCCCUGCCGCCCUCCUCACUCCGGGCUCCGGCCGGCCUUUCCUUGCAGAUCUGGAGGCUGCCCAGCGCUACGAUGGCCAAAGACAACCCGGCUUUCGCUGCCGUCCCCAAGACCCCCGUCUCUGAGGGCAAAGCGCCCCUUUCCUCACAGCCGGUCAAGUCGGCGGCCUUGCGGCGCCUGGGCGAGGGCCCCGAGAAGGCCGAGAAGAAGCGCGGGCGCCAGCGCUACGUGGAGAAGGACGGCAAGUGCAACGUCCAGCACGGGAAUGUGCGGGAGACUUACCGCUACCUGACCGACAUAUUCACCACUCUGGUGGACCUGAAGUGGCGCUUCAGCCUGCUGGUCUUCAUCCUGGCCUACGCAGUCACCUGGCUCUUCUUCGGCCUCAUCUGGUGGUUCAUCGCCUACUGCCGGGGGGACCUGGACCACCUGGGGGACGACGCCUGGACCCCCUGCGUCAACAACCUCAACGGCUUCGUCUCGGCCUUCCUCUUCUCCAUCGAGACCGAGACCACCAUCGGCUACGGGCACCGCGUCAUCACCGACAAGUGCCCCGAGGGCAUCGUGCUGCUGCUGCUGCAGGCCAUCCUGGGCUCCAUGGUGAACGCCUUCAUGGUGGGCUGCAUGUUCGUCAAGAUCUCCCAGCCCAACAAGCGGGCGGAGACCCUGGUCUUUUCCUCCCACGCCGUCAUCUCGCUGCGGGACGACCACCUCUGCCUGAUGUUCCGGGUAGGGGACCUGCGCAACUCCCACAUCGUGGAGGCCUCCAUCCGGGCCAAGCUGAUCAAGUCCAAGCAGACCCAGGAAGGGGAGUUCAUCCCCCUCAACCAGACGGACCUCAGCGUGGGCUUCGAGACGGGUGACGACCGCCUCUUCCUCGUCUCCCCACUGAUCAUCAGCCACGAGAUCAACGAGCAGAGCCCCUUCUGGGAGGUCUCCAAGGAGCAGCUGCGGAAGGACGAGUUUGAGAUCGUGGUCAUCCUGGAAGGGAUGGUGGAGGCCACAGGGAUGACGUGCCAAGCCCGGAGCUCCUACCUGGUGGAUGAGGUCCUGUGGGGACAUCGCUUCAUGUCGGUCCUCAGCUUGGAGGACGGGUUUUACGAGGUGGAUUACAACAGCUUCCACCAGACCUUCGAGGUGCCCACGCCCAGCUGCAGCGCCCGGGAGAUGGCAGAGGCGGCAGCUCGCAUGGACGCCCACCUGUACUGGUCCAUCCCCAGCCGGCUGGACGAGAAGGUGGAGGAGGGGACGGAGAAGGGGGAGAAGGAGAGGAACGGGAACCUCACUGGCACCGAGAACGAGUCCAAGGUCUAAGGGACCGCCGGACGGGCAGAGCGAGCCAGGGAGCCUGGGCUGUGGCAGAAGGCGCCCAGAGGGGGCAGGGGAGCCGUCUGGGCAAGUGGGACCCUCCGGCCGGUUUGACCUUGGGGGUUAUCAGCACGGACUCUGCGAGACCCAACCGAGAAGCUGUUCCUGAAAGCGCCCGUGGGCAGGAAGCUGGCAACCGAAGCCAUCGGGAGGCAACGUGGAACUGGAAGCCACAUUCCAUGGGGGCCCAGACCCAUUGCUAGGAAAGAGGAGGGGAGCGGGGGGGGGGGGUCUCCACAGAUGGGCCCUGGUGGUUUUCUCAGCACGGAGAUUGAGGGGGCUUUGGCCCUUCCUACUUCCUGGGCUUCCCAGCUGAGCCCCGAGCGCAGGGGGUCUCCCAUGCAAGCCCCAGCCGCAUCUGACCCUGCUUAGCUUCCCCAGCUCAAAUGGGGGAAGAGACUCUCGGGGCAACAAGGGAUCAGCCUGGGGGGCAACUGGGGAACAAGGAGGAAAGGUGCCAAGUUGGGGGGCUGCACAAACAAGAAGGCAGUGAAGACGAUCGGUCAGGACCAUGAACGCCCUGCCUGCUCUCCCCCCCCCAAAAAAACCUGCUCAGCUCCCCCCACCCUCCCUGGAGACGGUGCAGUUUUCAAAUGGGCAUUUUUGCACAAUUUAGGCUCCCUUUUUAAAAAGCGCUCCAGAGUUUGCUUUGGGCAUGCCAAAGGCCACGGAGACCUCCGGGGGGAUGUAGGGAGAACUGCAGAGGCCGGAGCCCUGGGGGUGGGGGCUGAAACUCUCCUUGGCCAGAGUUGGGGAGGGCCCUCCAAAGAGGCCGUUUCGGUUAGUGGAUUUUCUCCACCCCGCAUGACUGGCUGCUUCCCCCGCAGGACAAGAAAAUGGGGGGGGGGUGUUGAUUUAUGAUAUGGACUCAGAGAUAUGUCGGCAUUCCAUAUUUUGAAAUAAACCUGACUAGGUGAGUUGUGCAACCAAG